AUGACCCUGCGAAGAAUUGCAUUGUGCUCCGCUUCUGUGAACACUACUUUGUUCUUCCAAAAAUUACCGCGCUUGACUGAGGGGCGCCUGCAGGACGUUGUCGUGGUCACGUCAGCUCGUGUUCCGCUGAUCAAGUUUUCGUACAAGGGCGUCCAUGUCGAUCUUCUCUUUGCCUCUGUGGAUAUGCGGACCGCGCCUGAUACAAGUGAGCUGCUGCGCGACGACUUUCUUUCCCUGGUGUCGCUGCCCUGUCGGGCAACCGUGAAUGGGAUUCGUACAAUUCUCGAGAUCCGCCGCCGUCUUCCCCUUCCGCUGGAUUCGUACGCCUGCGUGCUGCGCGCUGUAAAGUACUGGGCGGCGCAGCGGCAGGUUUACGGGAACCUCUACACAUUCCCCAACGGCGUGUGCCUUGCCAUCAUGGUGGCCCGCGCCUGCCAAUUUUGCCCCGUCGCGGACAGUGGCGUCAUUUUGCGCUUCUUCUUCUCCCUGUACGUGUGGUGGCUCUUGCGGGACACGCGCAUGGAUCCUGUCUCUAUUGUGCCCAAGGAGGAGGACGCAGCUAUCGUGCGAGUGCCGGGGAUGCCGCCGCCGUGGGAUGCAGUCUGGGACGCGGCCGAUCUGUUCCCGGUGCUGAAUCCGGCCCAGCCUACCGUCAACGCCGCCCACGCAGUGGGCCGCAGCGGACUGCAGCUCUUUUUCAAGGAGCUCCUCCGUGCCGAGCAGCUGUGUGCCUCAGUCCCACUGUCGUACUCGGAAUUGUGGAAGCCGUACAAUAUACUCGAUGAGCACCGCUUCUUUGUGGGCGUUCACAUCUCGUGCGAGCACCCAUCUCUUGCAGCGUGCGAGGACACUAUAAAUGCAUGGAAGGGGUACGUAGAAAGCAAGUUGCGUAUGCUUGUGUACUCGCUCGAGUGUGUGGCGGAGGUGCGGCCAUUUCCGCGCCCAGUCGUCGAUGAAUCGCCCCGAGAGGUGACUCGGAGCGGGGUGACAAUGCAUUGCCGCUCCCGCGCAUUUUUCUUUGGCGUCCGCAACGGCAACAAGGAUGUGGCACGCAGCGAUGUGGAGGCGGCAUUCAGCGAGUUCGAGUUUUCGGUGACGGAGGGCACCACUGGAAAAAAUCCGUUUGAGUGGGACAGGGAAGUCAUGCUGGGGCCACGGCUGUCUUUCUUCUCCAUCUAUGACCCAUUGACAGCCGACUCACCGUGUCAGGCACUCUACAGUGCGUGCGCCGAUAUUAUGGGGUCUGCGUUGUGA